UACCGUUUUUAGCUAUAAGAACAAACAACCCUAUUGCGUGUCUCGAUUGCCCUUCGAGAAAUCGAGUAAGGCGCACACAUCAGCCAUGAAUCGAACGACUUUUCUUGCGUUGGUUGGCUUAAUAUCUGUGUAUGGAACCGACGCCUUUCUUCCACCCGAGGAAGUUUCGCUCUCUCCAAAGACUUGGUUCCAACGAGAUCUCCAGAGGUUAGAGGAGCUUUCUCUUUACAACUCACAGCGACGUCCCAAACCAUUGGCUUUUAGCAGUGGGAAGGGGUUGGUGGCUGGAAGUGGAAAUGCCCUUGCAGUCCAUGCUGGAGAAGAGGCUCUCAAAAAAGGAGGCAAUGCAAUGGAUGCGUGCUUGACGACUGCUCUCACAGAGAUCACUCUUGCAGCUGGAUCACACGUGUCUUAUGCCGGAGCAGCCAACAUUUUGUACUAUGACAGCUCCACUGGGGUCACUUACAACCUAGAUGCAGGCUGGAACAAGCCUUACUACGUAGACCCUGCCCAGAUUCCUGAACAUCAUUCCGAGCUCGGUAACGGAGCCGCCGUUCUAGUACCAGGUCUCGUCGCAGGCGUCUCUACGGCCUCAGAGAAGUUUGGUUUAUUUCCGCUGUCUAAACUGUUGCAACCGGCGUUGUACUUUGCCACGAGAGGAUUCAAACUCCCUUCUGACCUGGCAGAGGAGAUGAGGAAAAACUAUAACCAGAGAGGCCUCCUGCGCACCAAGGAAGGAAAAAAUACUUUCACUAACCCCAAAACAAAGAAAGUCUACAAAGCUGGCGAACGAUUCAGGCAACUUAAGUUGGGAAAAUUUCUUAAACGCCUCUCCAGAUAUGGAAAGGAAUACUUCUACCGUGGUCCCUGGGCUGAAGAAAUGGUUGAGACGGUUCAACGUCACGAAGGCUACAUUACGAUGGAAGACAUGACUCAGUAUAAGGUGACGUCACCUGAGCCCACAAGCACCUUGUACCAAAAGCAUCACGUGGUAACGACAGGUGCGGAAUUGGGAGGCGCUGAGCUGGUUGAAAAGUUAAAUUUAAUGCAAUUGGCAGGAAUCGGAGAAUCAACCGACUCUUACCUUACAAACGCCACAAAACUGUUCUGGCUAGCUUCCAUAACACGUCUUAGUUCGUUUGUUACCUUUUUCGCACGAGAAGUUCCUAAUGGAAAACAACUGCUCAAAGAUCAUCUUGGAAUAACUGCCGAUUACUCUUAUCGGAAAACAAAGGACUCUGCUGAGGAGCUAUGGGACAAAAUCGCCUCAUUUGAGAAGAUGAAAGAUGUCAACGACGUCAUGCGAGAAUUGCUGGCAAGUGUUGAGAUGGACAUGGAACAACAUCGGCGCGGUUCGUCUGGCGUAGUCGCAGUGGACAGUGCUGGCAACGUUUGCUCCCUCUCGCAUGGCACCGAUGGUGACGCUUGGGGAACAGGCUUGUUUGUGCAUGGAGUAAGUCUCCCCAGCUCUGGAAUUGCAUUGAAGACGCAAGUAAAGAGGACCAAUAAUGGUGGAAGAAUAACGUCGGGAUUCCAGCCUGUGAUUAUCUUUAAAAAGGAAACUCGGCAAGUCGAUGAAUUUGGCAGAAGGCUCAGACGAGACAUUUCUGCAGCAACGAAGAACAAAAAGCGACUUGCCUCUAGGAGGAAAGGUUUCUCAAACCUCCAGAAGAACUGGGGAGAAGAGCCACAAAAACUAGUGGUUUUCAAAACGUACAAUAAAGUCAGAUCUCAAUUGUUCCAUCAAUCGCAAGGAGACAAGUCAGAAAAACGUUAUCAGUUUGGACGCGAAGAGGAGCCUGUAGAUGAACUUGAAGAAAAAGAAUAUCCAGAUGUUGAUUCUAAUUUCCGAACCAACGAGAUACCUUCCAAUUCCAAUGAACCAAAUUAUGAAAGAGAGAGAACAGAUCUACCCAUGGAGGUCAAUGAUAAAUUGAAGUCGCCAAUGCAUAGUGAGCCAUACGUUCCACCAACUGAAGAACUCGAGGAGUUUGAGAAACCACAUCUUAGAUUACAUCGUCAUCACCCCAACGAAGAAGAAGAUUCUGAUAUCAAUGCAAUUCCUAAGAUCAGCCAGGGAGGGGAAGAAAGGGAAGAAACUGAAAAGGAAAAGGAGGAGAGAGAAGAAAGCGAUAAGGAAGAGGAAAUCAUAGAAGAAAGAGGACGGGAAACUGAAGGCGAAGAGUCUCAAGAUAAGGACGGCUUAAACAAAGAAGUCAAAGAAUUUCCGCAUCUUGGAAUUCCCGACAUGUGGAAAUCAGGGAGUCUUCCGGACAGAGAAGCCACCUCUAUGCUGCACUCUGGCCCCUUGGUGCCUGUGUUAGCUCUGACUUCCACUGGUCCCUCUCAAUCAUUUGUUAUUCCGCAGUAUUUAACAAACAUUUUGGACAGUGGAAUGAAUCCUAAGGCAGCUCUGGAAGCUCCAACAUUUCUGACUCCGAGUCCUCAUUCUUUCCAGCAGGAUAUUCAAGUGGAAAAGUUUACCAUCGAAGAUCAUGUCUUGAUGGACGUUACCGAGUUCGGACAACCCGUGUCCGAGGUGGAUUCUCAGACCACUGAGGAAAUGGCUGGAAAUGGAGCGGCUCUUACGGUUAAGGACGGCAGGAAAAUGCUUGGCUGUACACAUCCAUCCAAGGCCGGCUUCGCAGAGGGGGUCUCGGCACUAGAAGGCUGGUGAAGGAUUCGCCAAUAUGGAGUAGUCUCACGUCAUCAAAGGCAGGAUGCCUCUCUUUCGUUAUUUAAGUCGUAUCAUUAACACUUUUCUUCUCGAAACUUAUGAUACUAAGUAGGACCAGCUCAACUUUUUUCGGGGUAGAAAUUAAUAGCCAGACCUUGAAAGUAUUCGCCUGACGGCAUUUUACUAUUGUGACUGCAUAUCAUCUUACUGACGAUCGUUUGGCGUUUAGAACAUUGAACAGCUAAGAAGUGAAAGAAAAUAACAGAGAAACCGUAAGAAAGUUCAUAAAAUCCUUAAUUUAAAUUUGCAAUGACUUCUGAAAAGUCAGCAAACUUGCACUACGUGGGGUAUAUUUUGACUUCAGUUUUUUCUAAUUUCUUAUUUUUUUGUACGAUUUAGAGCAAACAUUUCAUAGAACCUUUUUUGUAAGCUCUUUACUUCACCAAGCAAAUCGCGAGAAAAAUACGCGAACAGCUUAUUAGUCAAAGCUGAGUAUCAAGGUCAGCCUGAUUUGCAGACGCAGAGUAGUUUCUUCCAGUUUCCCAGGGAAAAAGGAAAGCCAAAACAAGAUAAUGCAUUUGUAAUGCUGUCCAAAAAAGUGGUCGAGGGACUCGCUCGUUUAAGUAAAAUCGUUAAUGAAAAAUGCUUCUUAGCCUUCUUUUUUUAAGAUUGAAACCCACAAUUAAAAAUACCUUAAUAAAAUUA